UGGCCGCAGCCGUCCCCGGCGCGCCUCGGGGUGGGCAGCCCGGCUGGCCCCCCCCCCCCCCCGCCCCGGUUUCCCCCAGGCACCGCGCCGGACCCUCUCCCCUUCUUUUCCCUCUCUGCCCGCCCGCAAGAUGCUGUUUUGGCACACGCAGCCGGAGCACUACAACCAGCACUCGACCGGCAGCUACCUGCGAGAUGUCCUUGCACUGCCGAUCUUCAAGCAGGAAGAACCGCAGCUGUCUCCUGAGAACGAUGCCAAACUGCCACCCUUUCAGUACGUCCUCUGCACAGCCACGUCACCUGCUGUGAAACUCCACGAAGAAACCCUGACCUACCUCAACCAAGGUCAGUCUUAUGAAAUCCGUCUACUUGAGAAUAGGAAAUUGGGAGAGUUUCAAGAUUUAAACACAAAAUAUGUAAAGAGCAUAAUUCGUGUAGUUUUCCAUGACCGACGCCUGCAGUACACAGAGCAUCAGCAGCUUGAGGGCUGGAGGUGGAGUCGGCCUGGGGACCGCAUCCUUGAUAUAGAUAUUCCACUGUCAGUUGGUAUCUUGGAUCCCAGGGCCAGCCCAACCCAGUUGAACACUGUUGAAUUUCUGUGGGAUCCAUCAAAGAGAGCCUCAGCAUUCAUUCAGGUACAUUGCAUCAGCACAGAAUUUACUCCACGGAAACAUGGAGGAGAGAAAGGGGUGCCCUUCCGGGUGCAAAUCGACACCUUUAAGCAGAAUGAAAAUGGUGAAUACACAGAACACUUGCAUUCUGCAAGCUGCCAGAUCAAAGUGUUCAAGCCUAAAGGAGCAGACAGAAAACAGAAGACUGACAGGGAAAAAAUGGAGAAGAAGACCACCCAAGAGAAGGAGAAGUAUCAGCCUUCCUAUGAGACAACUAUUCUCACAGAGUGCUCUCCCUGGCCAGAUGUGCCUUAUCAAAUGAACAAUGCUCCAUCUCCAAGCUACAACAGUUCACCCAACAGCUUCAACCUUGGAGAUGGCAACAGUUCUCCAACCCACCAAGUGGAGCUCCUGCCUCCCAGCAAUGAUCAUCUCCUUCCUUCUGCUUCUAUUCAAGAUGCCCAGCAGUGGCUUCAUCGUAAUAGGUUCUCUCCAUUCUGUAGACUCUUCUCAAGUUUUUCGGGUGCUGACUUACUGAAGAUGUCCAAAGAAGAUUUUGUUCAAAUCUGUGGCCCUGCUGAUGGAAUUCGGCUCUUUAAUGCAAUCAAAGGAAGAAAUGUAAGGCCCAAGAUGACAAUUUAUGUCUGUCAAGAACCAGAGCAAAACAGGUCCCAUCUCCACCAAAAACGAGAAAACGGAGAUGGCAGUCUUUGUGUAUAUCAUGCAAUCUUCUUGGAAGAAUUGACCACGCUGGAAUUAAUCGAGAAGAUUGCAAACUUGUACAGCAUUUCUCCACAGCAGAUAAAUCGAAUCUAUCGGCAGGGACCCACAGGAAUCCAUGUAUUAGUGAGCAAUGAGAUGGUGCAAAACUUCCAAGAUGAAUCUUGUUUUGUUAUCAGCACAUUAAAAGCUGAAAGCAAUGACGGCUACCACAUCAUUUUAAAAUGACCGUGCUGCACAGAAAGACUUUAACAGCCUAAAAUUUAGUGCCUCACUGAGAUUGCUACAACCUAGACUGGAAACAUGAAGAACCUUCUGGAUAAAAUGCUCCUAUGAACUAAGAAUUACCAAACAGCUUAAGGAAAAACUUGCUUUUACAGAUAUACAUUUUUGGUGGUGUGUAGUUUUGUUUUGGGUUUUUGUUUUUUUUUUUAAGCUGGAGCUGAGAACAUCCUCAAAGCUUGUACAUGUUUCUUCCUCCCUUCCCUUCCUCUUCAAUCUUAAAAAUUGUCGAGGUUUCUGCUUGUUACUUAGAAACAUCUGCCUUGUACUAAAGGGAAAUGAAAGAUAAACAAAAACCAAUUCUCUAGACCCCUCAUGGUUGGGUGAAUUGAUUUAUUUACUGUUCUGAGUGCUCUCUUGCUUUCAACACACCCCCUGUUGCUGAUGGACAUAGCCUCCCUGGGGCUUCUUUUUUACUCUUUGAGGUGGAAGGCUUGGGGCUACAUCCAAAAACAGACUGGGCAAUGCAGAGGAUGGAUUUGAUGCCCAGUCCUCACCCAGAGUAUCAAUCCUGGAAGCCCACUCUUAGCUGGUCUCCACCUGUAGAUGUGCUCAAAGUCCAGAGACUGUAGUCCCUCCUGACAGAACUUCUGUAAUACCCAUCCAAUAGAACAUUUUUGUGGGUUCAAGGGAGGACAGACAACCUGAGGCAAGCAGUUCAGUACCAUAUUGCAUCUUUAGCUUCAGGGUAGUCUCCCUGAUUGGAGUAUAUGAAGGUUUUCUGAGGAAAUGUUUUGAACACUGAAAGUUACAGAGCUCAUGACAAAUUCAUAGUAUGGAUUUAUUCUACUCUACAAAGGUUUGAUUAACUGGCAUCUUUACUGUAACUGGGAAUUAGGUUUUAUAAUCUUAAUGAUUUUUCUUCCUGUUACUUGCUAAAGUAACUAAAACUGAGUUUUGACUGAGUCCAGGUAACAGAUCAUCUUAGUUGCUGGUUCUUAUGUUCUUGCUAUUUCACUCUUGACUCCUGUUUCCAAUAUCUGAAGCUAUGGUCAACUCCACCCUCCCUUGGUCUUUUGGGAUGCCAUCCAGGCUCCACUGAGCUGAAAAAGUGGCUUCCACUGAUGUCAAAGGCAAACUGGAUCACACCCCUCUUGCAUGGAUGGAGUCAUUUCACUUUUGGCAGCUAGUUAAUAAGGCUGUUUCCCAAACCGAGUGUCCAUGUAGCAUCAAAUUCUGAUACUUGAACAUUGAAUUUCAUCCUGAAUUGAGAUGGAAAGCUGAAAUACCAAAAAUUUUCCUGGAAUAGAAAUUUUUCAAAAAAUGAGAAAUUGUCAGCUGGAAAAUGCUGAAUAAAAUGUUCUAGCCUUUUGAAAUGGAAACAUUUAAUUAAAUCCAUUUGGCCCUUAAAGCAGCAUCAGUUUGAGCUACUGUUGCAGACCUCAGAAAUUACCAUUCAAGUGCCUUGUGUGCCGUGUCUCCCUUGGGGCUGAGCUCUUUGGCUGGGUUACAGAUCCCAUGAUGCUCUUACUGUGGGUUAGUCAAAGGGGGAAUGCGUCAUGAAGGCUGGAGGGGUGCCCAGGAGCCCAGCCUUCUGGGAAAGAGGGGGACAUGGAGCCCAUGAAUUACAGCUCCCAGCUGACACUGGAGGAAUUCGGACAGACACGGACUGAUAUUUUUCUGACAAAAACGAUGUGUUUCAAGUUUUCCCAACAGAAAUAAGCAGCAAAAUAUUGGGAAAAGCAACCUUUUUUUCAUUAAAAGCAUCAAGUUUUGUGCAAAAAAACCCACCCAUCCCCACUGAAUUUUUUUACACCAAAAAUAAUACUAGAAUAGAAAAAUCGUGUUACAAUGGGAAAACCUUCAGCCAGCUCAGCUAAUUGAGUAACUGUGCCUACUUAGGCAUGAUCUUGCUCAAUUGGGUGUCCUGGAUGCUCCAUGAAUUGUAGUGUUUCUCCAAAAAGGAUGCCCAGUCUUUGGGUCAUGGCGAUUCCUCCCCCUGGAGUGAAGGAGUUUGAGGCUUCUUGGUUAAGGACCAGGUUGCGUAGGUGAGGAGGUUGUAAGUGGUCUCCUGACAGAGAGGGGAGGUCAGACAGAGAGGCCAGGGGGAGCUUUGGGGGAAGAAAUGCCUUUGCGGAGGAUGGGAAGUGCCAUCUUUUUGAGAGGAAGGUGACGCCAUGUCAAGCUUGACCCUGCCUUGGUGCCGGUGUCAUCUCCCUGGCUUUGCAGCCUGCCCUGUGCUGCCAUGCGCGUGGAGGGGGGCAGCUGGGGAGCCCCCGGCCCCGGGCACUGAGUCAUCCAGAUUGUGGCCAUGCAGUUACAGCUGCCUUCCAAAACAGGGAAUAAAUUCCAGCUGUUUUUGUGAGUAUGUGGGACCAACGUGCCCCUGCGUACCAGGAGUUGUUUGGUUCCUUUUGUAGAAAGUGCUUUGGAAGGUGUACAUUAGUUGUGCUUUUUCAUCCUGUUUUGUAAUACAGGCCCAAUGUAUGGCAUGGCUGUUGUUGCAUGCAAGUCAGAGAGGUGAAUCUGACCUGAUGAGAGGGGUUUAAAAAAGACCUUGGAGUUGCCAGGAGUGUAGCCUGUACCGUAUCCACUCACAUGUGAUAGCCCUGUAAUUCAGGGGACACAGCAAUACUGAAACAUAGCAGUGUGAAGAAAGGAUAGACGUAGCUUUGCACCCAGAGUUAGGGACUGAGAACUGUUUGCUUAUUUAAAAAAAUAUAACUUGUUCUUGAUUAUUUAAAAAAGAAAUCUUGCCCAUAAGGAAUUAUAUGCAAAAGUCCUCAUAGUGUUUCAGUAGCACUUGCUUGAUUAAUUUUGAACAAAAAUAACUCUCCAUUAGGGCCUUGUUAUGUUUAGAUUUUUUAAAAUAAAAUAAUUUUAUACUGAUAUGAGAGUGAAUUUGACAAUGUAUCUUGUUUUCUUUCCAUGCUGUAAGAAGGUAUACCAGAGUAAACAAUCCCAUAGAUUAUGAAUAUUGUCCUACUGGGUGGGCUCUACUGUUUUAUCUAUGUUAGCCUGUUUGUAAAGCUGUAUAACUUUAAUGUGUGUGUAAGGCCUACACUUACUUGGCAGAGUAGUUCUAGUCCUUGUUGAGCCUCUGUAGUCCCAGCAGAAAUUUGGAGGAUUGUGGUUAAGUAACAUACACACCCAUGAAGACACAGCACAGCUAGUUUGGUGUCUAAGAGAAUGUCAAGUUACUUCAGCUUAGAAUCAUAGAAUAUCUUGACUUGGAAGGGACUCAUAAGGAUCAUUGAGUCCAAAUCUCUGCUCCUCGCAGGACUACCUAAAACUAAACCAUAUGACUAAGAGCGUCAUCCAGAUGCUCCUUGAACUCUGACAGACUUGGUGCUGUGACCACUUCCCUGGGGAGCCUGUUCCAGUGCCUGACCGCUCUCUCAGUGAAGAACCUUUUCCUUAUGUCCAGUCUGAACUUGCCCUGACGCAGCUUCAUUCCACUCCCUCGUGUCCUAUCGCUGGUCACCAGAGAGAGGAGAUCAGCACCUCCCCCUCCACUGCCCACCUUGAGGAAGUUGUAGACUGCGAUGCGUCUCUGGGUGUUAGGAAAACGUGUUGCACCCUUUGCCCUUAUUGCAUGAUGCUGCGCAACCAGCCGGUUGUUGUACCUGGGCAAACUGGCCAUGAACGAUCGUGGCUGAGCGGCCAGUACAAGUGGUCGAGCAACGUUGGUGUGAGAUUGGACUGCUGAUGAACCUCCCCCUCUGCCUCCCAAAAACAUAAAAGCAAACCCUUGCCCUGUUGAAGUUGGCGAGUUUGUCCAUGCAGGAACCAAGCAAAGCCUUCAGGAUUUAUGUUAGUGGCUUAUGUGAGGAGUGAGAGAGACUUGUCUCACCUGUGCAAGUGGCAGGUAAUCUUAGACUGUCCCUGUGGUUACAAAGGGUCUGCCAUCCCUGGAGAGACUCGUUUGCCCUGUUUGAGGAUGUGACAGCCUCCAGAAGGAAGCUUUUGUUUCCUCAAGACUGGAGAAAGCACAAAUGAUUAGUCUGGGCUAGAUGUCUCAAUUCUAGAUAGGCUAAAGGCAAGGGAGAUGAGUAGCUCCCCCUCAUCUAAAUAUCCAAAAGGGUUUUGCAUUUGCUUUGCUCUUAAGUGCCUGUUACGUUUAUUCUUGCUUUUUUUUACUUUUUGUUGCUCCUAUUUCUUUUUUUAAAAGUAACAAAUGAAACCUCCUGGUCAAAGUGAUUUAAAUGAGACAUUUUUCAGCUCUAUAUGUGAAAUUUGUACAGCAGACCUUUAUAAGGUCUGGGGUUUAGGAUUACAAUGAAUAGUAUGGUAUCCCAAACGGUCCAGCUCUGAGGUUGUAUGUAUGAUGACAGCCACUAUGAGUAGAAGUGGGCUUGCUGGGGAUGAAAAGACAGAACCACUACGUGAUUAAAACCAGUAUGACUCCAGCCAGUACUGCAAAGUAUAAACCUGGGUUCUUGUCAGAUCUGUACUGGCUGUUUGAAAUUAUUUCAUAAAUUGCAGCAUUUUCUCUGACAACUGAGUAAGUUGAUACAGAUCGGGUAGUAUGACUCUGGUGAUGGUCUGAGAACUCAUAGAAAUGCCCAUGAUACACAACUGCAGGGCAGGGAAGGGGCAAAUAAUCUGGUGAUAGAAAUUUGUGCCAUCUGCCUGAGGUGGCAGGACUCAGCUGGCCCUGCUUGGUUAAUUGGCUAAAAUAGAAAUAAUAAUUCAAUCUGGAAAAUAUUGGAGUUCUCAUUGUCUUGGUGUGAAAUUUAAUGGGCUGAAGUUUCAAGACUUGGAUGUGGUAAAAGGAUUCUUGCAGUUCAGAAGUCCUGAAUGGCACUCUCCUUAUAAUGUAACAUAUACAUAUUUAUGCGUAUAUAUAUAUAUAUACACACAUACAUACUGUACUGUAUCAACACAUAUAUGUGCUGAGUACUUGUGUUCUUUGGCUUUAACUGGUACUCUGCUUUGUUUAAUUGCAAUUCAAUGUAAAAGACUCUGGUUGAUCAAGCUUCGAAACCCAGCCAUUCCUUGGGUAGAAAUAUAAAAGUCCAUAAUAGUGACUCUAGGUGAUUUGGACAUGGUACACUUGGAGUGAUGUAAAUUUGAUUAAUUUCUGCAAUGUAAAUCCCAGACCUUGGUGAAGAAGGGCAUAUUCUUGCACUAACACUGCAGUUCUAUAUUGCAGCUUCUGAAAAUUAGUUAAAGAGAAAUAGAUUGCCCAACGCUUUGUAAACUAGUAAGAGUUACUCCCUAAGCAGAACAACCAUACGAUGACUUUCCUAGCUCGAUGUUGUAUUGCUUAAGCAUUGGCUGUAAUUCUAACAAUCAUCUGGUGGAUGACUGGGACAGGGUGUUUUUUUUGUCUGUUUCUGGUUUUGUUUUUGACUGUUCUCAAAGAAAUGCUUGUAUUCAGACUAGCUUCUCUUUCUCCUCCAGUUAUGAAAUGGUUUAACUUUAUGGUACUAAUAGAAAUAUUUUCUUAAGAUUAUAAUCUGUUUGACAGCACAGGGUACUCAAAGCGGGGAGUAUUUGGCCUUGAUCAUCACUGCUGUGGGUGAAUAUGAGAAGGCAGACUGGAGGUGUAUCUUAACGUCCUUGCCUUUCUUUAACAAAUGGGUUAAGCUGGUGCCCAAUUCUUUGUCUAUUUCUGAUUUGUACCUUUUUUUUUUGCCAGUCCCACAAAAUUCUUCUGCUCCCUGCGGGGGGGACGCAUUGGUGAUCAGCUGGUGUGUCUAAAUUUUUUCGGUAGCCUGCUGUUGUCCCAGUUUGCUUGGGGUGAGUGUUUAUCUUUCAGAGGGCUAGGGGAGUUACCUCUCUUCACUGACAAUGCAGCCAUUCAAGACAGGCGAUGCCGAUUACGAAGUCGGUGUGAUAGGCGAGGGCAAGUGGAGGUGGGUCGAUUGGAGGCUGAGGCGUACCAGUUGUGAGUAAAUACUGCCACACUCUUUGUCUUUUCAUUUGUUGGUUUUUGGUUUUUUUUGUACAUGAAUAAAUAAAUAAAUAAAAAGCAUAUUUUGCACUGGCUCUUGUACUGUUGUGCAGAAGAAAUCUGUAUCUAGAAUCUGUGCUCCAGUCAAAAUGCAAAUAAACCUGUUUGUAAGAA